AUGGCAUCUAAUACAACAAUACCAGGAUUGGCAUUUUAUGAUUCAUUAAUUAAUAAUAAUAUAUCAGAAUCAAAACGAUUAGUUGAAAUACAUAAAAUUGAUAUUAAUGCCAGAUUAAGUCAUGUUCGUAAAAGAAAUCAUACAGAUCUAUGUCCAGUACAUUUAGUAGCCUAUAAAGGAAAUUUAGCUAUGUUACAUUAUCUUAUACAAAAUGGUGUUAAUGUACAUCAACCUACUUGUACAUUACAACGUCGUCCAGUUCAUUAUGCUGCUUUACGUCAACAAGUAUCAUGUCUUCAAAUGUUGUUAAAUGCUGGGGCACAAAUUGAUGCGCGUGAUACAUUUGGAAAUACUCCACUGCAUUAUGCAGCUGAAGAUGGCGAUGGUGGACUGCUCAGCCUUCUAUUGAACAAUGGUGCUUGUGUUGAUGCUCAGGUAUAUUCUUCUGUUACAGAUUUAUAUAAAUAUUUAUCAAUCUUUAUAUUUUAUAACUCAAAACACAUUUUUAAAGCUGAUUUGAAGUGUAUUCAUUAA